AUGUCGAGCACCGAGGGCCGCCAGUCUCCUCCGCCUGAGCAGCAGAGCGGAGCUCAGCUCAAGUCCGUCCCAGGACAGGGUCAGGGUACCGACGACGCCACCAACAAGGAGCAAACCAACAGCUCCGGACUUGAGAACCUGUCAUCCAACCCCAAGGGCGUUCUGGACGACGCCGUCAAGGACAAGUUUUCAAAAACUUCCUACAGCGAGGGCACAAAGCAGAAGUAA